AUGACUACAUACUACAAGGUGGUGAAGGGGGCGACCAAGGUGAAAAUGGCGCCCCCCAAGAACAAGUACACAGACCCGAUAUUGCUUGGCACGGCAAAUGAGCACGAUUUUUCAGAGAUUGUCAAUGCGUUGUACGAACGGAUUAACGAUUCAGCAUGGACAGUGGUGUUCAAGUCGCUUGCCGUAGCGCAUCUCAUGAUUCGCGACGGUGACAAGGACGUGGCGUUGCAGUACUUCUCCAAGCACUUGGACUUUUUCGAGCUUCGCGGACUCGCGCGUUCGUUUCCGGCGAAAUCUGGCGACGUUCAGGCACUAGAACGUUACAGACAGUACUUGCGGGUCAGAAGCGAGGAAUUCGGCAAGAUCAAGAAGGACUACGUGCGUGCGAGCAACUCGAACUUGAAGAAGUUCGACGGGAACCACUCGUCCAAGACCCUCGAGCAUGUAGAGUCCUUGGAGUUGCAGAUAGGGGCUUUGAUCAAAAAUAGAUAUUCGCAGUACGACUUGAACAACGACCUCAUCAUGUACUCGUUCAAGAUGCUUGUGCAGGACCUGCUUGCCCUCUACAAUGCCUUAAACGAGGGUAUCAUUACGUUGUUGGAGUCCUUCUUUGAGCUUACCCGUGCCAAUGCCGAGCGUACGUUAAAACUAUACAAGAGAUUCGUCCAACUAACGGAGAACGUUGUGCGCUACUUAAAGUCGGCUAAGGCAGUGGGUCUAAAGAUCCCAGUCAUCAAGCAUAUUACUACCAAGUUGAUCAGCUUGCUAGAAGACCAUUUGCGCGAGGAUUCCGAAAACAAAGGAAACACAUUCUCGAAAGACGACCAGACCCAGGUACAGAGUGAGCUAGAGCGUAUAAGGCAGCAAAGGAUCACGCUGGAAAACCAAUUGAAACACCAAUCGGUCCAGCAAAUACAGCCUACCGGAUACAAUCCUUUCGUUACGAGCCCAAUGUCCUUGGCGUCGCCUCAGUUUGACACUCAGCCUGCUCAGGUCGCCAAUACCAGCAACCCAUUCCAGCAGUACCAGCAGCAGCCACAGAUCCCACAACAAACGGGAUUCAAUCCAUUCAUGCAAGAUAUGCAGCAGCAGCAGCAGCAACAGCAACAGCAACAGCAACAACAGCAAUUGGAGCAGCAGAGAUUGCAGCAGCAGCAAUUGGAACAACAGAUGUUACAGCAGCAGCAAUUGGAGCAGCAGAGGUUACAACAGCAGCAAUUGGAGCAACAGCAGCAGCAGCAGCAACUGGAACAGCAGAGAUUACAACAGCAGCAAUUGCAGCAACAACAACAAUUGCAACAACAACAACAGCAGCAGCAGCAGCAACAACAAUACCAAUUGUCCCCUCAACUCCAAAAUAACAUGACCGCCCAGCUCCAACCAGCAAACACCGGCCACAUGAUGCAAUUGAACGCAUCCACAACAGCACCAAUGCCCAUCGUCGCCUCCCAAACAGGACCAAACAACCCAUUCUCCUUCGAAAACGUCCAGCGCCAACAACUACAAAGGCAACAGACUAACCCAUUCAGCGUCCAAAACUACUCCCAAAUCUCAAACAACCCAUUCUCCACCUCAACAACCCCCCAGAUCCAACAAAACACCCGCCCAAACACCUUCGGAGGACUCGAAUUGAUGCCCACCGUCCCAGUAUUCCCUCAGACUCAGCUACAACAAGGUUUCCAAAACGCGGCUAACCAACGGUCCCAGAACGAACCAAACCUAAUUGAUAUAUAA